UCCUGUGGUUGCCAUGGAAGGGAUGGGCGUGAUGGUAAGUUUCCUUUUUUCGUGUUAAAAAGCUGUAAUGUGAUAGACACAAUGUCAGGGUAUCAAAGAGCGCUUUUCAUUCAACUAAUUUUAUUCUUGUUUUUUCGUCACAGUGUUCCCACCAAUAGCACAGCGUAGCUCCAUUUUCUGCAUAUAUAUACACACACACACACAACUCACAAUUCCUCCACUCGCUAUGAUGAAGGGCUAACGCUCGAAACGUCAGCUUUGAAACUCUUUAUGGUGGCCAAUUUACGUAAUCAACUCAGUUGUUAAUACUUAACUACCCUGUUAUACUCUCCCACCGACGCAUGCAGCACCACAGUUUCUUCAGAAGCUUACUCCUUUUAUUCAUUUGUAGUGUGAUACGUCAGUCAGUUCAAGAUACCUAUAUAUGUAAUAAAUAAACAUUACAAUUCGCUUUUUCAUUUGAUUUCUGAUUUCAUCUCCUCUCUCUCUUGUUUAUUAUAUUAACAUAAAAGUGCCAAUCAAAUUCAAGGACAAACAGCUUGAUAAUGAUUAUGGUGAAAUGUUUUUCCUCUCGUAGGAAGAGAUGGCUUGAGUGGAAGGGAUGGUGUCAAGGUUAGAGAUUUUUUUAAUUUAAACAUACUUUUGAUUGUUUUCCCCAAAAGCACCUCGGCUUAACGAUGGGGAUUACAAUAUUACAAAUUUUGAUUCAAUCUAUUCAGGCUCACACCUCAACAGACACACAAACAACACACCAAAUGUGAUAAGAUCCAGUUUAACUUACCAAGCUGGGGAUAUAUCAUUUAACCCUCUAAGUCCCAGAUCAAAUUUGCAAUUCUCCUUACUAUCAACCAUAUAAUUCUUGUAAUGUUAGUUCAGAGAAUUCAGUAUUGGAUCAACUAAUUAUUCCCAAAUUGAUAUUUUUCUUUACUCUCAACACUGAUUGAUAUUGUAUUGCUAUUGUAAGGAGAAAUUAUCUCUUGGUCACUCAUGGGAGUUAAAGGGUUAAGACAAUUAAACAAUGGCUACUGAUUAGUAUUAUUUAUAAACUUUCAUACUUCGCGAAAAAAAGUACAGUUGAUGUCGUAAUUUACAGACCCAACAUCAUACAAUAAAAAAUUAGUUUCCUUGCAUCGCUGCUCGAUGACCAUGUUUCACCAAGAAUAUUAGCAGUAGAGGUAAGGACGUUGCGUUGAGCGACAUACCUUGGGCAAUACAAGAAAAUGCGUUUCACCGAUUCGCCAAGUUUUCUCUUGAUCUGAGACGGAAAUGUGUACGUUCAGUAGAUAUUUUGGGCAAUAGUUCAGUUAGAUAACGUGGAGUAAGAUUCUUGGCUAUUUUGUAAAAUUGGCUUAAUUCAUGUGGUUCUUUCCUAAUACUAAGAGGCUCCCGAGCAAGUCCGUAAUGUAACGUCGCAGAACUUCUGUUUACAAUAUUUAUCCACAGUUAUCCCGUUGUUUUACUUCGUUCCAAUUGUGAAUCCCGAUUACUGCCUACUUCGCUAUCUAUCUAUCUAUCUAUGUAUUCGCUUACCUAUUCAUUUGAUUGUUCAAUUUUCUGUGUGGUAAUGCAUGUGUAAUGAGCCAUUAGGUCAACAUAUCUAGCUUUGUGUCUAUUUGUGGGUCUCGUUUGAUUGUUCUUUGCGUACCGUCUGAUCAGUUUGUUUGUUCGAGCAGGGUGACCAAGGUGAUCAAGGGACAGUUGGCCAGAAAGGCGAACCGGGAGUAUGCGAUGUACAAGUAUGUAAAAGCAGUACCUUCUUUUGCACUUGGAGCUGAUAAAACUCUGCCUGAGAGUGGCUGAUGAUAAAUAGAGAGAAAAAAAAUUGCACUCGCAUUUUUUAACAUUACAAUUUUCUUUGAUAUUCAACCUUCGUGUAUUGUGAAAAAAUGUAAUUUUUCAUUGACUGCCGAAAGUUCGUGUAAUGCGCAAUCCCAUGGAGGGCGGGUUCUUGUCGCUCCAAAGGGAAAUGGUCAGUUAAGCCGUUGUAGUCUGAACAAGGGUAUAGAUUUGGCCGUUCAAAAAACUUAUCAACGUAUUUGUCUUUUUACUUCUAAAUGAAUAACUCUUAAAAAAAAGUAACCAAAAUAUCGUUCGAGGUGAACUUUGGGAAGAUAUUAUUUGGUACUAAUACUGGUUCAAUUGUGCUACAAAGAUCGCAAAUCAAGUUACAAAUUCCAGAGUUCAACUCUAAAAACGGGUGUGGAAAAUAACAUCUUUUGCCGGCUCUGAGAUGGAACUGGGCGGCACCCUUGUAAAAAAUUCCGAUGAGUAAGAAUAAAUUCGUGAAGUAUCUUUUAUUAGAAAUUACAAAAUCUAGUCGCGAAAUUUACUUUGCCUCUGCGAUUAAAGAGAAAUCAAUUAACAGUUGACAGACCGGCUCGUGACCUUGUUUUCCAGGAACUUGAGGCGAUCAAGUCAAAGCUGGAAAAGCUAACUCAAGAAUUAGGAACACUCAGAAAGGUAAGAAAUUCAUAUUUUCAUCAUUUUUCUUAAUUUAGAGCGCAGAAAAUGCCGCAUACCAACAUCAUGUGAUCUUUCUCCACUAUAACAUACCUCUGUUAUUACGAAGUAUAAAUGCCAACAAUGCGUGCCUGUUCAGAAAUGAAAGGAACCUGAACUAGUUUUAUAACAAAAUAUCUAGAGUGACAUUUAGGGUUAAGUCCUUCACACAAGUUAGUUGUACUUUUAAAUGUGUGUGUUCUCUUCACCUGUAUUUAAAAAGGUACGCUACGCUUUUACUUCAAUGGCGUAUAUGAUUACGUUAUUCAUUCACUUUUUUAUCCGUUUUUCUCUUUAUUUAUUUCUUUUCCUUUUUUUACUUCCAUAAUUUUUCAAUUACUUUUACAGUUCUGUUUAUGCCUCUGUUUAAAAGAACCAUUUUAUGAUUCCUAUUUCAGCGAUCUAAGCAGCUGACACGCCCCGAUAAAGGUCAGCUUCGAGGAUUGAUUCAAUUAUUUAUUUUGAAGUGCAUGUGCAUUUAACGUCUUCAUUAGUCAUGGCUUCACCAAGUACUUUUUAAAAUUCAUCUAUUCUUUUAAAUCGUUUCUUCGCUAUCUUCGCUCGUCUUUUUCCCGGUUUUCUGGAUUUUUUUUUUUGGUUCGUUUGAAUUUAGCCCUUCCCAGUCAGUCCAAAAACCGAUCAGACAAGUCCCCUUAGCUAAAAACUUUGUUUCGGGCUUAUUUGAAAUUGUUUCUGUGACAGCGGUGUUGUUGAAUUAAUAUUCUAACGUCCUAGAUUAAUUCUUUGUUCUUAGCUCUGUAUUUAGCAUUAUAUAUGUAUAUACUUCAAGUAAUGUAUUUUAGUUCAGUAGCAAACACGACCCCUCAAACUUUGAGGCUUUAACUCUUAUCGUGUCAAAAUAAAGGUGUUUAUGUUUUAUAUUUAUGUGAUCCGGUCACUUGCAAUGAUUUCACAGCAUGUAAUUCAGUAAUCUUUACCAUUCACUUGUAGAAACGAAGUGUCGACAAGGCCUUCACUUCUUUGAGAAAUUCAAAGAAAUUCCCACAACAGGAGUAUCAGAUGUCAAAUCGUUUUGGAUCGGUAAUGACCAAUUUCUGGUAUUUGCAAGCUACUAUGGGGACAAUGCUGGCCAUGAAGCGGAGUCUCUUGUUUUUGAGAUAAAGAACGGGCAAUUUAUUAAAAACCAGACGCUGGCAGCCCGCGGUGGUUAUUACAUCGAACACUUUAUGAUCGAUAAAGAGCAUUACAUGGCCAUCGCAAACCGAGAGGACAGCGUAACUAGCUGGAAACUGAACUCAAUCAUUUACAAGUGGAGUAGACAUCGGUUUGAAGUGUUCCAGAUGUUUCCAACCAAUGGUGGGUCUGGCUUUAAGUUUUUCUCGAUCGAUGGAGACCAUUACUUGGCUGUUGCAGAAUUUCAUGAUAGAAGCACUCAUUCAGUUGACUCUUCACUAUAUAAAUGGAAAAGAGGAAGAUUUGAAAAAUACCAGAACUUUCCAACACAUGGAGGAGUGGCUUGUGAUUCAAUUGUGAUCGCUAACGACACAUAUCUUGUCUUCGCCAACCAACGUAGCCCUCAGGGAAACCAUGACGCGGAAUCUACCAUAUAUAAGUGGUCAGGAGGUCACUUUCUAAAGUUUCAAACAAUGAUGGCCCGCGGUUCUUUUAGUACCAAGUUCUUUCAAGUUGGUGACCAUGUCUUUCUCGGAUUCGCAAGUUCUCACAGCACAAAAUCACCUCUCUUUAAAUGGGAUGGCUCAAAAUUUACCUUGUUUCAAGACAUUCCAACUCGUUUUGCCAUGGAGCUAUGCCUGUUUGAAGUGAAUGGUGACGUGUUCCUCGCUGUUGCCAAUUAUAACGAAGGCAAAUCAUUUGUGUACAAAGCUUCUGGCGCACAGUUCACUCACUACCAAGAUUUGGAAACACAGGGUGCUCGAGGAGUGCACGCCUUCGUUCAUGAAGGCGAGCAAUACCUUGUGUUUGCUAAUUACUGGAAAAACAAAAAAUACAACAUCGAUAGCUUUGUCUAUAAGUUUGUGUAA